UCCUCCUGGAGGUGCCGUGCAGGAGGAAAGCCCAGCAUCCUGGCCAGGAUUUAUAUUUACCUCCAAAAUGCAAGAAAUUAACUGGGAUGACUACUUAACUGAUGACUUAUUCGAUGACAUUCUUAGCAAUUACAGUUACGGCACUGGCCUGCCCCCUAUUCUACCAGAUUCUGCUCCAUGCCGGCCAGAAUCCACGGUACUCAACAAGUAUGCUGUGGCCGUCAUCUAUGCCCUGGUGUUCCUGCUGAGCCUGCUGGGAAACUCCCUGGUGAUGCUGGUCAUCUUAUACAACAGGGUCGGCCGCUCUGUCACGGACGUCUACCUGCUGAACCUGGCCAUAGCCGACCUGCUCUUUGCCCUGACACUGCCCAUCUGGGGCACCUCCAAGGUGACGGGCUGGGUCUUCGGCACUCCCUUGUGUAAGGUGGCCUCGCUCCUGAAGGAAGUCAACUUCUACAGUGGCAUCCUGCUGCUGGCCUGCAUCAGUGUGGACCGCUACCUGGCAAUUGUCCACGCCACCCGCACACUGACCCAGAAGCGCCACCUGGUCAAGUUCAUAUGUCUGGGCAUCUGGGGACUGUCUAUGCUCCUGUCCCUGCCCAUCUUCCUCUUCCGCGAGGCUUAUUACCCACCCUUUUCCAGCCCAGUCUGCUAUGAGGUCCUGGGUAACAACACAGCAAAAUGGCGGAUGGUGUUGCGGAUCCUGCCCCAGACCUUCGGCUUCGUCCUGCCUCUGCUGGUCAUGGUGUUCUGCUAUGGGUUCACCCUGCGCACGCUGUUCGAGGCCCACAUGGGGCAGAAGCACCGGGCCAUGCGCGUCAUCUUUGCCGUGGUGCUCAUCUUCCUGCUCUGCUGGCUGCCCUACAACCUGGUCCUGGUGGCAGACACCCUCAUGAGGACCCAGGUGAUCCAGGAGACCUGUGAGCGCCGCAAUGACAUCGACCGGGCUCUGGAUGCCACUGAGAUCCUGGGCUUCCUCCACAGCUGCCUCAACCCCAUCAUCUAUGCCUUCAUCGGCCAGAAGUUCCGCCAUGGACUCCUUAAGAUCCUGGCCAUCCGUGGCCUGAUCAGCAAGGAGUACUUGGCCAAGGAAGGCAGGCCUUCAUUUGUCGGCUCUUCUUCAGGGAACACUUCUACCACCCUCUAAGACUUCCCACCUCUGUCGCAGCCCCUCCAAGCCUCCCAUUCCAAGCCUCAUGUCCACUGACUGUUCACUGUCCCUGUAUCCAAGAAGCCCCCCACUGUGGGUACAGGAAGGAGCUGAGGCUGUGUCUUUACCAGGUCCUCACUUUAUUGUUCAGAAAGCUGGCCCUGGUGCCCCACCCCUUAUCCUAAUCAUCAUGCCAACUGCUAGAGCUCUGCCAACCCUACCACCAGGCCCAAAGCACUCUAUUUUCUGAGACGUCUUAAAGAUGUUCUUUUAAGUGACUAUAAGAAGUUCCCACCAUUUGGAACCAUUAGUGACAAAUGGCAUUAGUUGCUUCUCAGUGGUCAUUCCCUGUUCUUCCUUCCUUGCUAGCAAAGUCUACCUCCCUUGAGAGAGACUGAAAAUGGCAGCUACUCACUUUCUAAGACCCCUCUUAAACUAGGAGUGGCAAUGCAAGGGCAAUGCAUUGCAUGCUGGUAAACUGCUCUCUGGAGGAAAAACGUCCUGAUUUGUAACAUUUGCCACUUUCCAUGUUGUCAACACUCCCACUAUGGCCAAUUUCAAGGGUGGCUGUGUUUAGCAACCAGCUCAAAAAAUUCCUGAAAAUAUAAUCAUCUGCUCUCAUAAUCUGAUACAAGCUGGGUCCAGCACACUGUUUAAAAGGAACUCUGCUGGGAUCAGAGGACUCCUGGGAAGUGUUCCUGAUUAAAAAGAGUGAGAAGUCAUCUAUUACUGAGUUUUGACUCUAAGUUAAAGAGAUGUUUAUUUGGUACAAAAUUUAUAUGCUCUGUAGCACACUUUCUAAUGUAACCCACAUGGUCAGCUUAAACAACCUGGUUGCAUGGACCCUAAAAUGGGGAACGAGAUCUUGUUGUUCUGUACAGGUUAAUGUAACACCCCGAUACAUCCCACAGUAUUCUAGGCAGAAAAUCAAAAAGUAUUUGCAAAAUCCCCUUGAGGGACUUAGGGAAAAUGUGGAAAUAUUAAACUUCCUCACUUGGGGAAUUCCUGAUAUUACCGCAAACAUUAGGAGAUCCCAAUUGAAUAAGUCAAGCCCUCGAUCUUGGAGCUUGCCCUUAUGAAACUUAAUCCUGCAAAGGGGAAACUAAGCCUCCUUACAAAUUAUGCCUAAGAGUCACCCCCAGAGAACCUCUUUUGUUGCACAGAUGUGGCCACUCUCUCUAAGCCAACCCUGCAAGUAAACUCACUAUCCUUCCCCCUAUGUGGGACAUGACUCCCAGGGAUGAGCUGACCCCGGCAGUCAUCGUGGGAGUGAGAAUACCAUCUUGACCAAAGGGGGAAAAAGAAAUGGAACAAAAUAAAGUUUCAGUGCUGAGAGAUCUCAAAUAGUUGAGAGGUCAAUCUGGAGGUUAUUCUUAUGCAUUAUAUAGAUAUCCCUUUUUAGUUUCU